AUGAAGGUCUUCAUAUGUCUAUUAGCUGUUUGUGCCGUUGCCAAUGCUGGCUUCUUGUUUGGUGGUGGUAGUUCCGGUGGCGGCGGUGGUGGUCAUGGAGGCUGGUCUGGCGGCGGUGGUGGUGGGUCCGGAGGUCAUGGUGGCUGGUCUGGCGGUGGUGGUUAUGGCGGUGGUCAUGGUGGUGCCGGUCCCGCUACCGUUGUAAAAGUAAUCCACGAAACUGCUGAUGCUGGUUUUGGUGGUGGAGCUGGUGGUGGCUGGUCAGCCGGUGGCGGCGGUGCCGGUGGUUGGUCAUCAGGUGGCGGUGCUGGUGGUGCUGGCGGUGAAGUUAAAAUUGUCAAGGUCAUCUCUCAAGGUUUAUCCGGCGGCGGUGGUUAUGGUGGUCAUGGUCAUGGUCAUGGUCAUGGCGGUGCAUCUGGCGGCGGCCAUGUUAAAGUAAUUCAACUCAUUCAUGAAGAUGCUCCUGCACCAGGUCCAUCUGGAGGCUGGUCUGCUGGUGGUUCCGGUGGCUGGUAAUAACAGUACCCACACAAUCCUUGGCUUCAACUGGCAUCUCCUUCUAAUUCUAAGUUUAAUUUUGUGAUAUCUUGUUAUUGG